AUGACGACAUUCAAAGGUGUCAAAGAACAAAAACGUUUGCUUCAGAAUAGAAUGAUCCAAAGAUACCUAUUCCCAUUCCUGUCCCUUCAUUCUGAACAGCUGUUUUACCUGUCGAUGACUCAGGAGUUGUGCAAAAUGAAUGAAGAAGGAGACGUUUUAUCCAACAAAUUGAGAUGGAACACAGUUCUGAUGAACGACGUGACUUUUGCAAAGGCCUUUGAAUGUCCUCUUGGUUCCCACAUGAACCCACCCUAUAAAUGUCAUCUUUUCCAGCAAACGAAUUAUACAAUUCCACCGACGACACCGGCACUUCCUACAACUACAACAACAACAAUCACCACACAAGUUACAACUCAACGAACAACGACAACAUCUCCAAAACCGACGACAACGACCACUCCAAAACCAACGACGACAACGACUACUCCAAAACCGACAACUACUACUCCAAGGCCGACGACAACGACCACUUCAAAACCGACGACAACGACUACUCCAAAACCGACAACUACUACUACUACUCCAAGGCCGACGACAACGACCACUUCAAAACCGACGACAACGACUACUCCAAAACCGACGACAACGACUACUACUCCAAAACCAACGACAACGACAACAACUCCAAAACCGACGACAACGACAACAACUCCAAAACCGACGACAACAACGACUACUCCAAAACCGACGACAACAACGACUACUCCAAAACCGACGACAACGACUACUCUAAAACCGACGACGACAAUAACGACUACUCCAAAACCGACGACUACUCCAAAACCGACGACGACAACUCCAAAACCGACAACAACAACUACUACUUCAAUACCAACAACUCUAAUUCCAUCCACAACAACAACCACGACGUCAAACCCAAUCCCGACGACAACAACUCAACAGAGUGUAGUCUCUACUACUAUAAAUACUCCGUCUACAACUUCCGAUGUCAAUCAACUACAAACCUGUCAAUCAGAAUUCUGUUUCUCUUUAGCUUUUCUGAUUUCUUCCCGCUCGGACGAAUAUGUAGAUCCUUGCAACGAUUUUUACCAGUAUGCAUGCGGUGGAUGGGUAUCUGGAAGAGAAGCUUUAUUGGCUUUAAACUUUUACAACGAGUCUAGAAACUCUAUCAUAGAAGAUGUACACUUUAAUUUCAGACAAGAAUUAAAAGCAAUGGUAGAAAGAAACACAACCGAUGACGACAGUGAAUAUCUACAACUGAUAAAACUUCAUUACCAGAGUUGUCUAUUGUCCAAUAACCCACAGCAAGUGCAAUCAGUCACAAACGAUAUGCAGCUUCUGUUGGAAAUAUUGGAAAUGGGGAAUGACCUGAAAUCCUACAUGGGGGCAGCCAACAUGCACUUAGUAGUGAGUGCGGACAUGGGUGGUUCGGGAUUAUUCGACUACAGGGUAAUACAAACGGCAGUGGACAACACAACGACAAACAUAUUGCAGCUCUCUCCAUCGAAUUUAUAUCUAAAGGAUGAUGCUUAUGUAGCGCCAUUUGAAAGCAAUAAGAUAGCACAGAAGUACAUUGAGAGAAUUGUGCCUGUUUUGCAGAAAGUUAAUCUGAAUUUACGCCCACAAAAUGCAGAUGACAACAUCACGGAAGCUCUGAUUGAGAGACUGGAGGAUGUGUUCGCGUUUGAGCAAGAAUUGGCCAAGGCUAUUCAGUUCGGCGGAUUUGAACCUGACAUUGAUAUCAAAACUGAAGAACUGGAACAAAGAUAUCCAAACAUUGACUGGGUGUACAUGUUACCCUAUCAACAGACCUUUUCCGAAACUCCCAUUCGAAUCGUUAAUCCCUCCUUCUUUCAGACCCUCGACCAGUUAUUUAACAGUACAAACGAGGAUGUCAUCUCCAUGUACAUUUACACCAAAGCUGUCCUCACAGCUCUUCUGCCUUACGCCCCACUGGCAAUACGAAAGAGUAUGGAUGGUAUCUACAAUAACGAUACCAGUGAGCCGUUUUCUACUGGCCAUUGUCUGGACUCUACACUUUCCAUGUUAAAAGACGAAUUCCACGAGGAAUACAGAAUAAAAUACAGAGAUCAAAUCGACUUUCAAACAUCCUACUAUUCAAACCUAUCUACAACCAUAAAGGAAACAUUAAGGACUUAUUUAUCCUCGUCUAGUGAGUUCAGUGCCUUCACAACCGAUACAAUUCUUGCGAAACUGCAACAGCUUGACAUCAGGUUUCCGUCACCUCCACAGAUCCCGUGGUCCGUUACUCUUUCAAACACGCUGGAUGUCUCUUAUUUGUAUCGCUCAAGCGCCACCAACCAGGUAAACAUGUACAAGGAACUAGACACAAUUGGAAGCCUUGUAACGCAACCGGAACUCGCAUGGAAUGAAGCGUUUAUCGGAUUCGAUUCCAGUACAAAUGCUUUAGGAAUACCUUACCCGAUCCUGAACUUUCAUUAUUCUGUUGAGCCACAAUUCCCCGCCAUUACCACAACUGGUUGGCAGAUCGCUAAAGAAAUUGCAAGUGUUGUUUUAGGCGAUUUGUCAUUUACACCUUUGGACUGGAGUUUUGAGUCUCUUGGAAAAUUUUCUGAAAAGAAGGAAUGCUACAGGUCGCAAACUACAGAGGAAAAUUCGGUGUUUAACGACAUCCGAAUUGGUGACGUCAUGACUGGAGGUGUUGGUUUGGACCUCAUUACUAAGGCGUACUCCGAUUUGUUGUUGAGUGGCGAUGUACAGAAUGUCGCCCUGCCUGAACCUUCCAGUUCCCUCACACCAGAGCAACAUUUCUAUUUGACAUUCGCACAGCAAAUGUGCGAAGUAGACACGCAAUCAGGGAUAUUAUCAAGUCAAUUCAGAGUGAACAACAUUGUGAAGAAUAUGGAGGGGUUCCGAAAGACGUUCAGGUGUCCAGUGGAUUCCCCUAUGAAUACAGAUCGAACAUGUCAUCUUCUGCCAGGCUUAGCAAACUCGGCGGAGAGAAACGAACUAGAAAUACUGUAAAAAAAAAAAAAAAAGUGUGUCAGGAAGUUUGAAUGUUUUGACGAGGACAAAUAUCCUAAGUAUGAGUUCAUGAAAACCACCAGACUCAGUUUCUACCUCAUGCCAUGUAAGAGAUCAUGUUAGGCAGCGUUCAUGAUGGUGUGCAUCAUUACCAUA